UCUCGCCCGGGAAUCAGGGAGCUGCAGCCGCCGCUACCGCGACCGAGCGACUGCCGUCGGGGCUGGCGGGCGGGAAGAGCGGCGGGUCGGAACUGGGGGGGAGCAGGAGAGCGUGCCCACCACCUUCCCUUCCCCCCUCGAUGGGCGCGGGGGCGUCCCGGCCGCCGCUGCAGUCUGUGGAGGGAGAGCCGGGGGCCGUCACUUCGGAGUUGAGGUUGAGCAGCCUUCGGGGGAGAGCGCGCCAAGACCGCUGGCCGAGUUAAACACAUCCACAGUAAUGGCUGCGGCCUUACCCAGGACCCUGGGGGAGUUGCAGCUGUAUAGAAUAUUACAAAAAGCCAAUCUGCUCUCUUAUUUUGAUGCCUUUAUCCAACAAGGUGGUGAUGAUGUCCAGCAACUCUGUGAAGCUGGAGAAGAGGAAUUCUUGGAAAUCAUGGCCCUUGUGGGCAUGGCUAGCAAGCCCCUUCAUGUUAGAAGGCUGCAGAAGGCGUUGAGAGACUGGGUUACAAACCCUGGCCUUUUCAAUCAGCCACUGACUUCCCUGCCUGUUAGUAGCAUACCCAUCUAUAAGUUACCAGAGGGAUCACCAACGUGGCUGGGAAUAUCCUGUAACAGUUAUGAAAGGAAUAGCAAUGCCCGGGAACCUCAUGUAAAAGUCCCCAAGUGUGCUGCCAUCACCUGUGUGCAGAGCUUGGGACAGGGGAAAUCAGAUAUGGGGAGCUUAGCACUGCAGGGUGUUGGCGAGUCCAGACUCUGGCAAGGCCACCAUGCCACUGAGAGCGAGCACAGCCUCUCCCCAGCAGAUCUUGGCUCCCCAGCUUCCCCUAAAGAAACCAGUGAGGCACUGGAUGCUGCAGCCGCGCUCUCUGUAGCCGAGUGUGUGGAGCGAAUGGCCUCUACACUACCAAAAAGUGACUUGAAUGAAGUGAAGGAGCUGCUAAAAACCAACAAGAAGUUGGCCAAAAUGAUUGGUCACAUCUUUGAGAUGAGUGAUGAUGAUCCACACAAAGAGGAGGAAAUUCGAAAAUACAGUGCAAUAUAUGGCAGGUUUGACUCAAAGAGAAAGGAUGGGAAACAUCUCACACUUCACGAGCUCACUGUGAAUGAAGCGGCUGCCCAGCUCUGUGUGAAGGAUAAUGGCCUCCUGACAAGAAGAGAUGAACUUUUUGCCUUGGCUAGGCAGAUUUCUCGAGAAGUCACUUAUAAAUAUACUUACAGAACCACCAAGUCCAAAUGUGGAGAAAGAGACGAAUUAUCUCCAAAGAGAAUUAAAGUGGAGGACGGGUUUCCAGAUUUCCAGGACUCUGUGCAGACCCUUUUCCAGCAGGCUAAAACCAAGAGUGAAGAACUCGCUGCUCUUAGUUCACAGCCUGAUAAGGUAAUGGCAAAGCAGAUGGAGUUCCUUUGCACCCAAGCUGGCUACGAGAGACUGCAGCAUGCUGAAAGAAGACUAUCUGCAGGACUUUACAGGCAAAGCUCAGAAGAGCACAGCCCUAACGGCUUGACUUCGGAUAACUCUGAUGGACAAGGAGAAAGACCUUUGAAUCUCCGAAUGCCUAAUAUACAGAACAGACAACCCCGUCAUUUUGUGGUGGAUGGGGAGCUGAACAGACUUUACUCCAGCGAGGCCAAGUCCCACUCAUCAGAGAGCCUUGGGAUUUUAAAAGACUACCCUCACUCAGCUUUUACUUUAGAAAAGAAAGUCAUUAAAACAGAGCCUGAAGAUUCAAGAUAGCUGUGAUUUUCGCCCUGUUCUUUGGAAAUGGCAUCAGUUUUAAGGAUAAUGCUCCAUCAUAGAAAUAAGCCUUAAUAACCAGUGUUGCCUCAUUCAGCUCCAACAGAUUUCAUAGCCAAAGCAUAAGGACUAAUACAGUGGUCUGUGGAAACCAGGAAGAGAGAACAAGAGCCACAAAGGAAAAAAAUCUAAAGAAUGUUGUAACAAAAAUAUUGAUCCAUUCACAUUCCUGUGUAAGUCAUUUUAUGUGGAAAGGCUUACAAAUUAAUAUUGUAAGCAUCUAUUAUUUAAGAAUGUACAAUGUGUUUGUGUAAUUUAUAGAAGUAAAAUCUAGAUGUUAAGACCUGUUUGGUCCAGUAGAUAUGGAUAGUUUAUUUUACUUGAAAUUUCAUUGUCUACUUUAAGUGUAUUUAGCAUAAGUAUUAUUAUAUAUGUCAGAGUUUAGAAUCUUUGCAGUCAUAAAAAAGAAAGUUUAAGUAAUGUAGUUAUUGGCAAGGUUGCAAGUGACUUUGGAAGAACAGAAUUUAGCAAACACUCAGUUUAAAACAAGGAAAAUUUAGUGGAUUUAAUACUUGAUGAAAUUGAUUUUGUUUAAUAGGAAAUGUGUCCUUUAUAGUAGUAAAAUGUUCUUUUAACUGGCUUAAUCAGGUAUAUGUACCCAAUUAGUAAAUAUUGGAGUAAAGUUGGAAAGGUGAGAAACACAGUAGAAAAUCUUUCAUACUUAGUUGACCCAGAUUGCAUUAUAUGAUAGCUACUAAAGAUAUAACAAAAAUAAGGAGCUAUUACUCAAAGAACUUGAAACAAGUGGACUGAUGUGUAAAAGCCUUGACUUAAACAUUGCCAUUUCAGAAUGUGUUAAGUAGAUUAAGAUAUAGUAAGUUAACCCUAAAUGUGAUAAAGAUGGUGACUGUUAACAAAGACUGUAAUAUAUAAUAAAGUAAAUACCGUUUUAUAUCCAGAAAUUCUUCUCUACAUUCUGGAAACAGAGAAACUAAAUUGCUCUCCCCCGGGAAUGUCUUCCCACCCAAACCUUCACAAGUGUGGACAAUCACUACAUCCGCAUUUGCAGGCAUAUUUCCAUGGUGGUUUACUUGACAUAUAUUCUUUAUUUAUUUUUUAAUUUCCUUUUUGUACACCUUUCAGAUUUGUGAAUGCAGAUUUUUUAAAAUUUGAUUUUCACUUGAAAAUACAUUUUAAUUCCCCCUAUUUAAUGGGCUGUGUGCAUAUAUGUGGGGGUGUGCUUAAAUGUUAAUAGCGUACAUGCAUACUUAUGAGAAUUUCACACAUUAGAAUACAUAGUAAGAAAAUAAAAUGCUAUUAGCAACUUGUAUUUUUUCUGUUGGUUUAAGAGAAGAUAUUUACAGCUUUACCUACUUCCUCCAGACUCAUCUAAGCCCAGAUGUUGCUGAAAAGAGCAUAUUGACUUGGAAUAUGUGGGGGUUUUUUGUUCUCAGUUCUGCUCUAGGUCAUAACUGUUUAAAAAUAUUAAGUCAUAAUUGUUAUACUAAAAUUCAUCAGCCAAAUGUUAGAUGAAAUGUCUGUACUGUAGUCUCUAAUCACUGUCACAUAUAUAAGUGCUUUUUCAUUUUGGUUUGUAGAAUAGCUUUACAAUAGAAAUACCAGUAAACAAUAUCUAUACUGUUACAAGGCUUUUUUUCCCUUCCUACAUGUUUUAACUGUACCAUAGUGUUUUGCCCCCAGAGAAGCUUUUUAUGGAUCUUGCAACUUUGUUGCUAGCUUGAGGUUGAUUAUUGUGGUUGUAUUGUUCAAUGUGUGUAGAAAUAGUAUGAAUGUGAUUUAAAUAGAUUGUUCAGUUUUUAAUAUUAGCCAUAGAACUGGUUAGUAUCUCAGUAGUUUCAUGAAACGUUUCCUGUAUUCUAAUCUAUUUUGAGAAAUUUUGUGGGUUUUUUAGAAUUGUGUCUUAUAGUUCAAGUUUGGAAAUUUUAAUAAGCAACAAUUUUUAAAGAUGCUAUAAUUGUCCAAGUAAUAUUUAUCCAUCUUUUAUGGCCCCACAAACUGCAUCUUUAAAUCUAUAAAUGUUUCCUUAAGCAUCAUACUUUUCUGCUCUUUCAAGCUUAGUGGUAAGAGGGAAGCACAAGAAUUUCAGUAGAAUACAGUUUUUAUUUUGUAAACACUAAUGUAUUAAAUUUACUAUACAUGGAAGCAAAUAAUAUAUAUUUUUAUUUGAAUUGUAUAUAUGAAUUGGAUGUUAUAACAGGUUGAUUUUUUUCAUUGUGUUAGAGGUAUUUUCACUGAACAAGGUCAAUUGGUUACCUCAGUAUUACAGCCAAUAUAGUACAAGGGACCAUUUCUCCCUCAGUCCGUGUUGUAUUUUAUUACGUGAAGUCUGCGUUUCUGUGACUCUUAAAGCUGUUGGUGAGGUGGGAUGAGUGCACUUGCUUCCUGUGGCAAUAAAGAUUUUCUGUGCCUCACACA